AUGAUCUCGUCUGAAGAGAAUAUAACAUCACAGCAAAAGAGUCAAUUAGCUCCAUUUGUGGAUAGAAUACUAGCUAGUCCCCUGAAUUUUCAUCGUGCGAAGCACCCAGAUACAGUUGCAUUGAGACCAUCCACAUAUAUUGCUUUCAGAAGCUCUAAACAUCGCAAGGAUAAGAAAUUGGGAUUCAAGCCUAUAGACGAUCUCACCACUCCAAAGCCUUCGAAAGAGGACACGAUGCCAAGACCGAAAUCGAUGGCUGAAGCAGUAGCUCUUUACACCGGUAAAAGAUAUCUCUCGAAGAAACAGAAAAAAGAGCUCGAAGGGAAACCACUAAAGAAACAAAAAUUGCAGGAGCCGAAAGACAUUAAGGAGCCGGUGCUUUCCGACAGUGAAUAUACCAAAGACGCGGCCGGAGAAGAAGAAGAAAGCAGCGACGAGAAUUUUCAAACGGCCGAUGAGAAAGACGAUGAAGAUGAUGACGAGGAUGAAGGCUUGGCAAGUUCUUCGGAUGAGUCGGAUGAGGACUCCGAAGACAUGGAGCAGCUGAAAAGAGAUUUGAAAGAAGAUGCUCACAAAGGACUUGACGAGGAAGAUGAGGAACUGGACAGUGAUGCUCUACGUCAGAUCAAAGCCGAAAUAAAUACGAAGGACGAAGACUUCAAGGUUUUGCCAAAGGGUAAAGAGACUCCGCCGACUUCUCCUGAAGAUCAGGUAGAUUUGAUCAAGGGGGAACUUGUGCAUUCCAAGUACGAUGACUCGGAGUUCUAUGAUCUUGACGAAAAUUAUAACGAUCAGGGGUCUAAUGGUUCUAUUAGGAUAUACAAGUCUUGGAGAGAGUUCAAGAACAAGCCAGGCCCCUUGGGACUACUGAACCAUGGUGUGACCUGCUAUAUGAACUCUGCAGUCCAAGCGAUGUGCCAUAUUCCUGCCGUUCUGCAUUAUCUUGUCGAUGUUCACAACCACAAGUACAAAGGCUCGAUUAGUCCAACUUCUGUCACUCAAAUCCUGGCCGACACCGUUGCCAAAAUGUACAGGCUGGACAACAAGGGAGAAAAGAAAGUGCGCACAAUUAAUCCUAAACGUCUCAUCAAGCGGUUGGGUGACAUCAAUUGCAUGAUGUCGGAAUGGCAGCAAGAGGAUUCUCAUGAGUACUUCAUGUCGCUUAUGUCUCGUCUACAGGAGGACUCAACUCCAAAAGGCGUCAAACUCAAUCAAAGCAUAAUAUAUGACAUUUUUGGAGGCCUACUUAGCCAAUCGGUCACCUGCAAAAACUGUGGCCAUAUUUCCACAACGGCUCAGGAAUUUUACGACCUGUCGCUUGGACUGGACAACGUCAAAAAGAGAAAUAGUAGUUUACUGGAUCCUCAACAACUGUUUGAGCUGAAGAACAAGAUAGAAGCUGCCAAAUCCAGUGAGCCCGACGCGAAAAACAAACUCUCCGAUUUCUUGAAACAGAAAAUCUUACUCGCACAGGAAGAGAGAAGAAGUCGUUCUCAAACGCCAGAAGCUUCAGAAUUACAGAAUCCGAAUUCCCAGUUGUCGGAUACCAACGACAGCGAAAAGUCGAGCCAGCUUCCUGACCAACCCCUCUCUCCGCCGUCAUAUAGAUACUCUUUGGAGAAUUCUAUCAGGGACUUCUUCUCUCCUGAACUCUUGAAGACCGACAAAAAGGACAAGUCGGGCUAUACAUGCGAGAAUUGUAAGAAGACCACAAACGCGAUCAAAAUAUCCACCAUUGAGCGUGCCCCAGAGACUUUGACCAUCCAUCUCAAACGAUUCCGUUUCAAUGGUUCCUCGUCAAUGAAGGUUAAGGCGAACGUGACAUAUCCUGAGACCUUGGAUUUAUCAGAAUACACAACUUCGAUGAAUUCUCCGACAAAAUACAAGUUGAGCUCGGUAAUUGUUCAUCAGGGACGCUCCGUCUCUUCUGGCCACUACGUAGCUCAUUGCAGACAACCAGAUGGGUCUUGGGCUACAUAUGAUGACGAGUUCAUCAAUAAGAUCAAAGCCAGGGAUGCGUUGAGCGAUGAAAGUGCGUAUGUUCUCUUUUACUCCAGACUCACUCACAAGUCGAUUGGCGACAGAAAGAGAAAGUCUCCUGUUAGGAAGGAAAAGUCCAAGAAGAGGUUCAAGAGCAAUAAUUCUAGAUGA